AUGGAAAACAAUACUCACUACUCUGACUUCAACUUCACCAUUUUUGUAAAUAUUAGAUAUUACCGUUACCCAGUCUUUGUUUUUUGCCUUCUGUUGUAUAGUUUCAUUGUCUCUGCUAAUCUUGUCAUAAUAGUGGUCAUAUUACAUGAGAGAUCACUCCAUGAGUCCAUGUACUUUUUCAUUGUGUUUCUCUGUGUCAAUGCUCUGUAUGGCUCUGCAGGCUUUUUCCCCAGAUUCCUGAUGGACAUUCUGUCUGACACUCAUUUGAUCUCCCGUCCAGCUUGUUUCACUCAAAUCUAUGUUAUUUACACGUAUGCAUUCUGUGAAGUCACAAUUUUAGGCAUUAUGUCUUAUGAUAGAUAUGUUGCUGUAUGUCAGCCUUUACAUUAUCACAGAAAAAUGACCUUACCAAUGGUGCUAAGGUUGGCAGCUUUUGCAUGGUUCUGUCCAAACCUUUACCUUUUAAUUAGCAUUUUCAUUAUCACAAGGCUUCCUCUAUGUGGCAAUAAGAUUAAAAAAGUAUACUGUGCCAGCUGGGAUGUUGUGAAACUAUCAUGUGUGACCUCAGCCGUCACACAGAUUGUUGCCACAACAGGGGCCAUAAUUGUUACUCUUCUCUCCAUUUGUUGUAUCUUGUACACUUACUUGAGAAUAGUGGUUCUUUGUUCGAAAAGUUCCACAGAGUUUAGGAGAAAAGUGUUGCAAAGCUGUCUGCCCCACAUUCUUUCAAUUGCAAUUUAUUGUGUCACAGCAUUCUCUGAUACUCUUCUGGACAGAUUUAACCCUCAAGAGCUGAAUCCAUUUGUCGCCAUAAUAGUGUCACUGGAAUUUGUUAUUAUUCCUCCAGCUUUAAACCCUCUUUUAUAUGGCCUAAAGCUACAAGAAAUUCGAAAACAUGUUUUCAGGUUGGUGUGCUUGAAAACAAUCACUUAGCAAUUUUCAGUUAGACCUUUGCAGUGGAAACAGCUAAUGAUGUGAACAA